AUGGGUCACGAUAUUGAAUCGGGUGAGGAAAUACAAGAGGCAAUAAAGACUUGGCAGACUUGGCCAGAUGAAGGAGAGGAUGCAGAAUGUAUUUUUGCUAGAUCAUUACUGGGAUUAGGAGCAUGGAAAAAAUAUACACCUGAGCAAAUCAUGAAAAUUACAAAAGAACAUGUUUUUAGAAAGCCGGAGCCAAUGCUAUCAGAACAUACAACACCUACCAAGUCAUGGACUAUGCCAACACCACAUAAAGAUGUGAACGAAUCUUAUAUCAAAUCCCAAGAGGAUACAAUG